AUGCUCAGCCAACUGUCCAGGGCCACGCGCGCCACCUCGGCCGUCCGCGCCGUCGCACGAGUUACCAGAGGCAAUGCUGUCCAGGCUCGAGGCUUCAUUGCCCCAACCGUCUCGAGGAAAGCCGACUUCGUCCAGGAUCUCUACCUGAAGGAGAUCAGGGCUUACAAGACCCCCGCCGUCAAGGAGUCCGACGCUGAUGGCCAAGUCCAGGCCUUCGCCAUGCCCAAGACCCCCGCCUCCCCCGAAGAGUCGGACCUCGCCAGCAAUCUGAAGGAGUACGAGAGCAUGGCCGUCGAGAUUGAAGGCCAGGAUGCCGCCCAGACUAGCCAGAGCGGUUCCGCCGCCCUCCCCGACUGGCUCGAGGCCGAGGAGGAAGACGAGGCCGCCCACUAG